CGUACAGAGUUGUAGUGAAUAAAACUUCACAAGUCAGUUGGCAACUUCAGAUAAGUUUCGGAGCUCAAAAGGCUUUUGAACUGGAAAGGAAGGCUGAGAUUGAGAUCCCCUCGAGAUGGCUCGACUUACGGCUCUGAGCAUAGCGGUGGUGCUUCACUCCGUGUUGGGCAUCUCGUACUACUACUACUUUCGCGGAUCGCCCGGCUCCACUGCCCCUCUUCUGGGCGCCUGGCUCUUCUCGGCCUGCGUGGUGGCGCUGCUCCAGGCCACAAGGAUAUUCCCCAGUGCCCUGCCCACCGAUCACGGGCGCUUUAGGGGCAGGCUUCAUCGGGGCAAUCAGACAUCCUGGGCAGCGUUCCUUCUGGAAACGGGCAUCUGUUGCUUGGUGCUCGAUGUGACCCUGACCAAGCUGUGGCUCCGCAUAGAGUCCCUAUGCCAGUGCGCCAUUGUGGGCGUCCUCCAGGCCUUGGCUGUCGAGGAGCAGACCUUCCUGGCCUGCGAGUACUGGACCUUGGGCCUGACCACCGGCCUGAUCGGCGCCUGCCUGCUGUGGCUCACCCUCUGGGCCACCGCGCUGCCCCGGAAGAUCCAUUGCGGGCUGCUCGACUGGCGCCGCUCCCUGCAUCGCCAUUGCUCCUGGAUGAUCUUCGGACCGCUCGAGCCAGGCACUCCCAUUCCACCCCAAAUGCAGGAAAGCGCCCAGAGCUUCGCCACCUGAAACGGCAGCUAACAACCCAAGGCCCAGAACAAAUUAUCAAUUGAACUAUAACUAUACCAAAAUUUAUGGGUUGGGCAACGCUAAAAGUGUUUUACUGGGCACAGUGAUCGAUCACAAAGCAUAGUGGUGACCCAAAAAUACAAAAAUAGUUGAAUAACUUUGCCAAUAAAAAUUCGAUUUAAUAACACCUUAAAAACGGUAUA